GAGAAAAAGGGAAAAUAACAAAUGUCAAGCUUUUGAACCAAUUUAUAUUCAUGUGAAUAUUUAUAAUAAGUGUUUUCAUUAAUCAUCAUGGGAUUGCCCCCACAUGAUAGAGACUUUUAUUUUCCAACAAUUCAACGGCUCGGGCGGUUCAUUGCUCGAUGCCAAGAUGAUGAUGGGUCCAGUUUUCAGAAAUUGUGGGAUCUCAGGCCUUUGGAAACUGAAGAUUCCCUCUUUGUUUUGGAUCAACAAGCUCAGGACACUGUUAUUGCCAUUGGGAUUUACUUCAUCGAAUCUGGAUUCAAGCAAAAAGAGUUGAUUGUUCCAUACCUUUUAAAGCUUCUUCGUGGUUUGUUUAAGGUAAUUUGGAUUAAGGAUAACAUUAAACUACAUUCAACGGACCGAAUACCGGCAUCUGAGCGAUUCAGCUUUUGUUUGAAUACAUUAUUGUCGGAUAUUUCUUGCUUCAAUGCUGAUUGUCGAGAUGAGAUUCUUACAGAACAGGUCAACUUACUCUCAGUGCUAGUAAAUAUAAUCUCAAGCUCAGGCCUUGCUGAUUGUAAAGUUAAUAACAAUUUUAGAAAUAAUUUAUUUAAAAAUAUUAUUCCUAUUUAUAUUGGAGCUUGUCGUUCUAUAUGUCGAACACAGGCUGAUGUAAAUGAUACACCAUUGUUCCUCCGUUUAUUUCCUGAACCAUCGGAUCUUCCUGUGGAAGACCUUUACCAUAGUGUAGCUGAGAUCAGCUCUAGUAACUCAAUAUCUAGAACUGGAACUCUCAAUAAAAGAAACACUGCCGAUCUUCAAAAAUGCCCUCGAUCAUUUUCAUCUCUAUCAAACAGUGCCACUUGGGCUAACUCACAAUUUCCUACUCGAGACUCAGGAGCCGAUCUAUUAUCGUUAAACAGUGUUAGUUCAAAUGUUCGAGGAUCUUACUACUCCCCUCAAGCUAAUAAUUCGUCUCCGUGUGGAUACCGAGAGAGUCAAAUUUUGUUUUAUAAAUUUGGAUCAUGUUUUAAUCAACUUGGUCGCAUGCAACAUAACGAAAAAUCGUUUCGGAAACCGUUUAAAUUAUAUAGUUUUUCACUUAGCCAUAUCCAAUCGGUUCUAUCAAUUACUAAACGACUUCUUUCUAAAGAAUUACUUCUCUUCUUGGACGAGCAAGUUCUCGAUUUUGCUGCAACGCUUCCCAUUUCAUCUUACCCAUACAAAUCACUAAGUGAAUUAUUGAAUCUUGUAACUGUGGGACUUCUCAGAGAGCUAUUGCAAAACGAAUUAGAUUCGCCUGUACCUUUCAGUAGAGAUAUUCAUGAAUUUGUCAAAUUACUUUACGUUUCUGGACAAACUGAUCUCACCAAUAAACUAGCAGAUCAUUCUGAGGACCAAAACAAUCCUGUUAAUACUUGUAAAUUAAUUGUUCUUACUAUUGCUGCAUGUAUCGAUCUUUUAGUUUGGUCUUCAGAUGAAAAUGCUGCGGUUAGUUUAUGCAAUGGAUUGACCGAGAAAAUUAACUCAUCCCAUGGAUCGAGAUUAGCUAGCUCACAAUAUCCUCUGUUGAUUGCUUGCCUUGAUGGACUUGGUGAUCUGUCUCAUAAAUUUCCUCAUAUAUCAGAAGAUGUCAUUGCUUCUUUGCGUGAUUUUUUAACCAAUCCGUCACCCAUCCUAUUGCGACUUUACAAGCAAAAUAAUGAGAUUCAAACUCGAAAAGGAACAUUGAACAUAACUAUCUCGUAUGAAGAUACAAACCAAACAAUUAACCCUAACAAUUCAUCUAAUGUAAUUUUCGAGCAUCUAAGAGACCGAGCUAUCCAUAACUUGUGUAUUGCUCUAAGAUCUGGACUCAAAGUGGAUCAACAUUGUAUCCAAGCAUUCAUUGCAUCCGUCUCUAAUCAUCCCUAUCACGUAGAAAAAAGUGACAUUGAAUCACAACUGAUCUCAACAAAUACGAUAAUCACUUUAGGGCGUUUAGCAGUCAACUUAGCUGAUGCACCUCGUACCAUGGAAUCAAUAUUAACCUUUUUACAUCAAAGAUUUUGUGAACCACCAUCAUCUAUUGAUGCACUGAUCGUCGAGCAAUUAGGAAAUAUGGUGUUAGUCAGAAGCAGUGAGCAUAUUUACGAGGAAGUAAUGAAAAUGUUCACCAUGAUCACGAAGCAAUCAAGCGCCGCCUACAAUGUUGGCUCACCUGAUGAUUGGAAACAUGCCUAUCGGCAUGUAUCCUUGCCGGUUAUCAACGCAUUAACUCGAGUUGCGGAAAAUUUGCAAGGGGAAACUGAGCAACUAGAAUUACUGGUUAGAUUACUGGAACUGUUUGUACAAUUAGGAUUGGAAGGGAAAAGAGCCAGCGAAAAAGCUCCUGCUGCAGUUAAAGCCUCAAGUAGUGCAGGAAACCUUGGAGUUUUGAUUCCAGUUAUUGCUACGCUUUUACGAAAACUCCCUCCAAUUACCGAUCCAAAGCCCAGGCUUCAUAAACUUUUUCGAGAUUUUUGGCUUUAUUGUGUUGUUAUGGGUUUCACUUCAGGAACUAGUUUAUGGCCCCGUGAAUGGUAUGAUGGAGUUAAGGAAAUUGCAUCUAAAUCACCUUUACUCAAAUCAAGAGAGCAUCUUCGAUCUGAAUUGCAGUACAAUUCAGCUAUUCGAAAUGAGGCCGUUUCUGGUGGCGAACUGCAAGAAAUUAGAAAUCAAAUUCUCAAUGAUCUCAAUAAUCCUGCUGAAAUCGCUCCCAUCAUUAAUAAAUUGAGCUUUGCUCAAUGUACAUUCCUUUUAUCUGUCUGUCGAUUAGAAACCUUCCGUGUCCAAAGUCAAAUUAACGGAAGAUCUCAGUUUAUGCACAUUUUCUCAUACUUGGAAGAUGUUACCAUUCAAAAAGACAAAGAUGAUAUGUGGAAAUGUAUCUUAAGUGUUUCAGAUAAAGUUUUUCGUGUUUUUCUUGAUAUUGUAUCCAAUAAGCCCCGCAAUAAAGAGAGAGAUGCUGAACUUGAAGAAUAUGCAAUUAUAUUUCUAGUCAAAUUUAACCAUCGGCAAAAGCAAAUUCGUAGAGUUGCUGAUAAAUAUCUCUCUGGUUUGGUUGAUAAAUUUCCACACUUACUAUGGAGUAGUAAAGUUCUAACCACCAUGCUAGACAUUCUUAAUGUACUUGGUAAAUCUUUAACACUUGAUUCGAAUGAAGAAAAUCCUGAACUAGAAAUACCUAAUAGCCAUUUUAAGAUACAAUGUACUGAUAGCAUGGAAUCAAAAGAGAGUAUUGUGCGUGAUUUUGCUGCAAGAUCGGCUGAAAUUAUUCAAGAAGCCAUGAAAUGGGCUCCUAACACUACAAGAUCUCACUUAGAAGAUUACUUAUCAAACCAUCAACAUUGUAUCUCUGGAUUAACUCAACAUAGUGGACUCUCCUUAGCUGCUGAAAGUAUCAUUCGUUAUUCUGGAUUGAAUUCAUUAUCGUCUCCAAUAUCAUCUACAACUCUAGAUCGUUGGCCGAAUUGCGUUAAAAAUAUAUGCUCAGAAUUUGUUGCUACAAUGUCACUUCGAAGUCAUUAUAUUGGUGAAAUUGAUGGUAUGAUUACCAUUCGUCAAGAUCCUGAAGAAAUCACGAAUAAUCUCUUAGCUAAAUUCAAACUUACAUGUCAAGAGAAAGAUGUUUAUGGUCAUCGUGAUUGUGCUUAUAAAAUUACAGCUUUAUUAAUUACAACUAGAGACUCUGAUCGGCGUUUAAUCCAUGCUUUAGCAUGGUCUCCAGUUUACCUCUUUUCACAUGAAACUAUUGAUUGUAUAAUUUCAUGUUGGAAAUGGGGUCUUUCUGCCCGACCAGAUCUUGAACUUCAGUUCAUGCAAGAUAUUGUUGCUGCUUGGAAUGCUACAGUAGAUCGUAAAAUGGGAUUAUUUUCACCUGAUCCAGUUCAAUUUGAUCCUUUGGCACCAGAAGAAAACACUUCUUUUCAACCCUGUCCACCUUACCUUGGAGCUCAUAGUCAAUGGGUCAAAUUUCUCAUUGAAAGAAUUGAGAUUGUUAAAUAUUCUAGUCUUGACCAGGUUGAACUAUUUGCUAACAUGUUACACCGAUCCUUGUCUAUUAUGGUUGGUAAAGCAGAAGGAAAUUCUCGCCAUAUUGCAACUAUUGGAACAAGAUUUCGAUUAUUAACUUCAGGUCUUUCACUGGUACAAGGCGAAGCUCUUCCUAGAUCAAUUAGUAAGAGUGUUUUACGAGAAAGAAUUUAUUCAGCAUCUAUUGACUAUUUCUGCUCGGCUCAAAUGUGUCCAACUCAAAAAGGUUUUGAACUUCGUGAAGAUAUCGUUUCACUGAUUAAAUUUUGGCAAACUCUUCUUUCCGAGAAAAAAUAUUUAAAGACUGCAUAUAUUAAUGACAAUUUCAGUGAUACCGUUAGUCAAUCAGCUGCUUUAUUACCUUCAUAUAACCAGCCAUCUCUUACUGGAAGUGCUGAAUUUAACCCGGCACGGGUUACACCAACCGGAUGGAUAAACACAGUUCCCUUGAGUAGCAAUAUGUCCACUAUAUCAAAACGAUCGUCUGGUAUUCGUGGUUCACAAUCAAACAAAAAGCUAAACACACUUCCAGCUGACUUUUUCGUUAGAGAUUAUGUUCGUAAAAGAAAUCUCAUUUUAGGAUUGUUAGCUGUUGAAAUUGAAUUCCUGUUGACUUGGCAUAAUCCAAUGUCCCUAGCAGAGGCCAAUAUUUGUGGUCAAGAAAAUAUUGCCACUUGGAGGGAACAACAAUUUAAUGAGCGACAAUGGAAGGAAACUGCUAGAUUAGCUUGGGAAAUAUCUCCAGCUUUAGCAGUUUUCUUACCCUGCAGAUUCAAAAGCUCUGAAGCACUCAAAAAUGAAGUUUCUAGAUUGGUUCGAAUGUAUCCUCUCUCUGUUUGUCACAUUCCUGAUGCACUCCAAUACUUGAUUAACUCUGAUUCAAUUCUUGCCGAAUCACCUGAGAUUACUCAUAUGCUUACAUGGGCUCGUAUUUCACCAAUCCAAGCGUUGUCAUUUUUCUCACGUCAAUAUCCUCCUCAUCCAAUCACAGCUCAAUAUGCUGUUCGAAUGCUCUCAUCAUAUGCGCCGGAAGUAAUUUUGUUCUACAUUCCACAGUUAGUUCAAGCGAUCAGAUAUGAUUCUAUGGGCUAUGUUUCCGAGUUUAUUAAAAACGCAGCUUCACGUUCACAAUUAUUAGCUCAUCAGUUGAUUUGGAAUAUGAAAACUAAUAUGUAUCGAGAUGAAGACUCACAAAUUCCUGAUCCUGAUUUGCAUGACUCCUUGGAUCACAUUAUCACUUGCAUCAUUAAUUCUCUUUCUGGUCCUGCUAAAGCAUUCUACGAAAGAGAAUUUGACUUUUUCGGAAAAAUCACUGCUAUUUCGGGAGACAUUCGUCAAUAUCCAAAAGGAAAGGAACGUAAAAAUGCUCUUCUCAAGGCUCUCAAACGAAUUGAAGUUCAACCUGGUUGUUACCUUCCGUCCAAUUUUGAAUCUGUUGUUCUUGAUAUAGACUCUGACUCAGGUGUGCCCUUGCAAAGUGCAGCUAAAGCACCAUUUUUAGCUCGAUUUAGAGUCGCUCGAUGUGGUAUUAGUGAAGUAGAGAAGCUUGGUUUAAUGAAAACUGAACAGACAAAUCAAAUUCAUGUUGGAUAUGAAACAUGGCAAGCUGCAAUUUUCAAAGUCGGUGAUGAUGUGCGCCAAGACAUGUUAGCCUUACAAAUAAUUGGAAUCUUUAAGAAUAUAUUCCUGAAAUGUGGCUUAGAUUUAUUUAUGUUUCGCUAUCAAGUUGUUGCAACCUCUCCUGGAUGUGGAGUAAUUGAGUGCGUUCCAGAUGCAAAAUCUCGAGAUCAACUUGGUCGUGAAACGGACAUAUCUUUAUAUGAUUAUUUCCUCAAGACUUAUGGAGACGAAGGAACUAAACAGUUUCAGGAGGCUAGACGUAAUUUCGUCAAAAGUAUGGCUGCUUACAGUGUUAUCGGCUUUCUUUUACAAAUUAAAGACAGACACAAUGGAAAUAUUAUGAUUGAUAAAGAUGGUCAUAUUAUUCACAUAGAUUUUGGUUUCAUGUUUGAAAGCUCACCCGGUGGUAAUUUAGGCUUUGAACCUGAUAUUAAAUUAACAGAUGAAAUGGUCAUGGUAAUGGGUGGUAAAAUGGAAACACCAACAUUUCGCUGGUUCAUGGAACUGUGUGUUCAAGCUUAUUUGGCAAUCCGUCCAUAUAACGAGGCAAUUAUUUCCCUUGUUUCCCUAAUGUUGGACACUGGUUUACCCUGUUUCCGUGGUCAAACAAUAAAACAAUUACGAGCUCGUUUCUCGCCCAACUCUAGUGAAAAAGAAGCUGCCGCUUACAUGUUGAAAAUCAUUCGAGACUCUUUCCUAAAUUUCCGUACCAAGACAUACGAUAUGAUUCAAUACUAUCAGAACCAAAUCCCAUAUUAAUUUCGACUGAUUCAAUGGAAAUGGCUUUGCAAACGCCUUAAUUGUUAUCCCCCAAAAACGAAACGUUCAAUACUGAUGUUGACUUUUUUCCUCUCUCUCUCUCUCUCUUUCUUCGCGCCUUCACUCAUUGAAAUCAUUCCUUGUUCGCUAAUUUAAUCAACUUACUUAUCCCUAAAUAGGAAAGUGUUAGUUUAAUUGUUAAUCCUAGUCUCACUUGACAUCUGAUAGAUUGAUCACUCACUAAUAAUGCAUCUUAUUUGUUUAAAAUUGAAAUUGUUAUAUUUUUGUCUUUUAAUCAACAAAUCAAUGAGUAACCUACAUUAUUUACGAGAGACAAAUGUUUACACUUACGCUGUGCAGUGAAUUAAUAUAAAAACAAAUAAUAUGAAUUGUUAUCAUUCCUUUAAUGCCAAUAACUGUUAACUAAUGAAUGCUGUAAUUUCAAUAAAACUGUGUGACGUUAUUAAAGCAUAAGCAAAACAAAUUCAAAAUAA